AUGAAAUCUGUGAGUGGCAACAAUAAUUUAAAAAUUUUAUCACCACACUACAGAGCGCUCUUCAAUAACAUUCAACAGAUAGUGAUGGUGUUGGGCGAUGGUAGUGCGCGGCGAGCGCUGCGGACGGCGCUGGCGUGCCUCCUCGUCAGUGCCCUCGCCCCUGAGCGCCUCGAGCCUUGCGCCGGUAGCCCGCUCUGCUCUUGCCGCUUAGCCCACAUGUCCUGUACCGCCGUGCCGUUACAUAGGUUUCCAGAAUGGCCACGAAUAGAAUUGCAACACCUGGACAUAAGUAUGUCCAAUCUUGAAGUAAUAUCUGAAAGUGCAUUGGAUGGACUACGACUGCAAACCUUAGUUCUAGUUGCUAACAGGUUUCAUUAUAUUGAAUCACAAGCAUUUAGCACUAUGGCUAAUACUCUUGCAUCGUUAGAUCUUGGUUACAACGAAUUUACUGAAAUUCCUGAGCAGGGCUUCAAAGACCUCAAAGUUCUUAAUUGGCUGAAUAUGCAAAACAACUACAUAGCUGAGGUUAGUCCUGAGGUAAAAUGGCAUCACUUGGAAAAUACACUUACAAGUUUAUCUUUGAGCAGUAAUCAAAUAACACAACUAAAGUCUCAAGCACUUACGUCGUUGACCCACUUACUGCAGCUUGAUGUGGAAGGAAAUUAUCUUCGUUCCAUCAGUCCUGAUUCCUUACCUACUUCUCUCACUGUCUUAAAACUAUCAAAUAAUUUCCUACACGAAAUAUCCUGUGAUUUAUUAUACAAUCUUCCUAGGUUACAAAUGUUGCACGUACGUCACAAUUCAAUUACAUUUGAUACUAACUCUAACAGUCUUAAUAAUAAAACUAAGAAAUUAGAAAAACUAGACUUAAGUAACAAUAAUAUAAAUGAUACGUCAGAUAUAACGAUAUUUCGAGAAAUUCAAAUAAGGCAGAUAAUUUUAGAUCUCAAUGAAUUAACAGUUGUACCAAGAUUACUAUUUACCAAUAAUCGCAUUGAAAGAUUAUCAAUAUCUUACAACAAACUCACAUCAAUAUACCGAGAAGUAUUUAUAUCUCUUAAAAAUUCCCUUGAACAUUUAGAAGUGGAGCAUAAUAAAUUAGCUCAUUUGCCGGACAGUUUGGCGCAAGUCACACGACUGAGACAUUUAUCGUUAGCUUAUAAUCAAUUAGAGGAGUCUCCUUUACUUCCGAGUCGUAUUCAGACACUGUCACUAGCUGGCAACUUUUUAACUGCUAUACCGUCUGCACUUCAAGCGCUCGAAUCCGGUUCCAUUAGAUAUCUCGAUUUAAGCUAUAAUAGAAUAUCUUAUUUGUUGCCGAACGAAUUUCGAGAGUGGUCUUUUUCUCUUGGGACUUUGAAUCUAAAAGGUAACAGAAUAGCACAAAUUUAUAAGGAUGUUUUUCCUGCAAGUAUGCCUGUGAAAGAGAUUAAUUUAAGUUUUAAUGACCUAUAUUACAUACACCCACAAUCUUUUUCUAAUUUAACCGGCUCUUUGCAUGUACUAGAAUCUUCAGCAACUAUAUUCAGUGGAUACUUUCCCUUUGAAGUUGAAGAUGGGCUAGAAAAUCUUAGUUGGUUAUCGUUUGAUAAUAACGACUUUCAUAUACUAAAGCUAUCAGAUAUUUCUUUUUUUCCUAAUUUAAAAUAUUUAAAUUUAGAUUACAACAGAAUAGUUGACAUAGUUGUUGACGAUAAUAUAUUAAAUGCUUCAUUAGCAUUAAAUAAUAUACGCAUAUCUUACAAUUUUCUGAACUUCAUUCCGACUAAAACAUUUUCACAUAUACCCGAGCUGAGAAACUUAGAUUUAUCUUAUAACCGUAUCAAUAACUUGACUAAGAACAGUUUUACCAACUUACCUAACUUGAGAUAUUUAUCUCUUGCGGGAAACUUAAUCGAUUAUAUAGAAGUAGAAACAUUUGUUAAUUUACCGAAAUUGGAAAUACUCGAGCUCCAAGCAAACAACUUAACAUAUUUAUCUAUGUACUCCUUUUACAACAUUUCCAACCAGUACACAUCGCUAACGCUUAAUAUAAGUAAAAAUAUAGUUAAACACAUAGAAGGCGAUGCUACAGUUUACAUUAAUAUAUUUGAUGGCUCCUAUAACGAUUUUCAUGAAGUGCCAAAUAUAUUUUUUCUAUCAAUUGAAUCUACGAUCAGACAGAUCAUACUAUCACAUAAUAAAAUAACACAUAUUUCAAAUGAAGCUUUUGGACAGUCUGUAUACUUGGAAAUAUUAGACUUACAUAAAAAUAGUAUUGGCGUAGUUAAAAGGAAAGCCUUUACUGACCUUAUAUCUUUGCAAAUAUUGGAUCUCUCAUUUAAUUCAAUUUAUCAGUUAUCCGUUGAACAGUUUUAUAAUUUACACAAACUAAGAUAUUUAAAGUUGGACCAUAAUAAUUUAAAACUUCUUCCUAGAGACGUUUUUAAAAAUACUGUUAUAGAGCAUUUAGAUUUAAGUUAUAAUGAAAUUUCAUUGUUUCCCGUCACAGCACUCUCACAAAUUGGUUUUACGUUGCGAUACUUGGACCUUUCUAAAAAUAGAUUGGAAUAUUUGGAUAGCAACAUAUUUCGAAACACGCAGUUCUUGUCCAAUCUCAACUUGGGUCACAACUUGUUGACAGUCUUAUCUGAUAAUACGUUUUCGUGUCUCGGAGCCUUACGACGAUUAGAUCUUAGUUUUAACUCUAUCAAAGCAAACUUUAAGGAGUUGUUUCACAACCUCCCUAAUCUGAGGCAUUUGAAUCUUGCAAAUUUAAGUUUAAAAUCAGUGCCUUAUCUACCUUUGACAAAUUUAACAAGUCUCAAUUUAACUUCAAAUUACAUUAGCAGUUUAAAAGAGACUGACGUUAAGCGUUUAUUGAAUCUACGCUACUUAGACCUAAGCCACAAUCGACUUACCUCUUUAGUGCCAAAGAUGUGGGUUAACUUAAAGAAUUUAAACUUACUAGAUAUUUCAUAUAAUCCUAUAGUACGAAUAACGCCAAAUAGUUUUAAAUUCUUAAAUAAUUUGUCGUAUUUAAAUUUAAAUGGGCUUAAAUAUUUAGACAUAAUUGACCAAAAUUCUUUCCGUCCCUUAAUGUCCUUGCGAUCCUUGCACAUUCAAACAUGGUCUACGAUAAAUCAUUCUAGUUUCCGAAUCGCGAACAUCACAUCCUGCCUCCCAUCCUUGUAUAAGCUAGUGAUACAUUGCACAGAUGAAGAGAUAGACAAACAACUACACGGAAUAGAUGCGCGAAGGAUGAGAUAUUUAGAAAUCAAAGGAGCAAAUUUGCACAGAAUAUCCGACGAUGCAUUUGAGUCGUUUGCAAAUAGCCAAGAGAUAUUUGUUAAAAUUAGCGAGACAUCAAUAACUAAACUGCCAGCAGCAUUUAUGAAGCAUCUCUCGCAAGUCCCUCAAUUAGGAGUCGACGUAAGCUACAAUCAAAUAUCGAGACUAGAUCCCGCUAUAUUCUAUCCUAAUUUUACAAGCUGGAGUCACGUAGCAACUAAACUACUUUCAGGUGGUUUAAUUCUGACCGGAAACCCGUUGCGGUGCGAGUGUGAAUUAGCCUGGCUCGGAGCUUGGAUGAGGCGUUGGCUGCAGGAAAAUGAGGCCGGAGCAGAAUUAAGAAGGGCCGUUCGGAGUGCCUCUUGUAAAGAUCAACUAGGAAGGCGUGUACCCCUACUUCAACUUCGGGCAGAUGAAGCGGAGUGCCACGCUAGUGCCCUCUCUAGUGACGCGCAACCAAAUUACACAAACAUUGUUUAUACACUAACGAUAACAUUGUGGACGUUCGUUCUUAGAUGA